AUGACCCUUUACGAAGACUACGGCGUCGUGACAGCUCUCGGUAUGGCUAUCAAGAAAUACCGUGGCGGUUGUCUAGAUUUGAUCUCCAAGCUUCUGAGUGCUGGAGGCAAUGUUGACAUGCCAGCAAGCGAAAGACGCGAGCAUUCUUCAUCUGCAGAAAACUGCUUUGGGCAAUACUCCGACCAAAUCACUGUACGGAACACCGCACUUCUGGAUUCUAUAGAGACGAAAAGCUUGCCUCUGGUAGAACUACUCGUCUCCAAGGGGGCUGACGUCCGAAAGGAAGCGAAGCAGGGCUUGAAGCGCACGCCCUUGCAAAAGGCUUGUGAGGUCGCGAGCCAUACUAUCGUUGAUCUUCUCCUCGAACUUAACGUCGAUAUCAACGCCGCCCCGGCCGCUCGUGGAGGCGGGACUGCACUUCAGCUCGCUGCCAAGGCGGGGUCAAUGAGGAGUGCGAAGAAGUUGCUGGCUUUAAGUGCAAACGUGAAUGCCCCAGGCGUGCGCUUUGGAGGACGUUCUGCCAUUGAUGUAGUCUUCGUACAUGGCUUGACCGGCCAUCGCGAGAGAACAUGGCCUUCCGCCAGUGGCAACGCUCCUUGGGAUGCUGGAUUUCUUCCCGAAAAACUGCAGAAUAUCCGAUUGAUGACGUUCGGCUACGACGCUGAUGUUGCUAAUCGACCUAUCGUCUUCGUCUGUCGUAGCCUUGGAGGACUAAUCUGCAAAGACGUGAGUAUCAUCCUCCUCGUCCUUGUUAUGCGAAGAGACACUGAUGGAAGCACAAAGGCCAUGGUACACGCAAAUCACAUUGAUAUGAUGAAGUUUGACGGACCUGAUGACCCAGGGUUCAAAUCGCUUCAAGGGGAGCUUUGCAGAUGGGCGGGGUCAGUAGAACAAGAGACUGAAAGCAGAAGAAUCGAAGACAGACUCAAGAAGGAAGGGGGGGAUCAGGAGCUCGAGAAAAAGGUGCAAGAUUUGGUGAAGCGUCUCGAGUUUCCAACCAUGCACCAGCGUCUGAACGCAAUUCGGAGUAUAACCCCGGAACAAAGCUGUUCUUGGCUGUUCGAGAAUUUCAAGUAUCAAGGCUGGGUGUCAUGCAGUGCAGCCUCCCAAUCGGCCUUUUUGAUCAUAAAAGGCAAGCCUGGAGCUGGGAAAUAUGUCGGAAUGAAGGCCGCAGCCGGACGUUUGGUGCACAGCCACGAGCAGUCACACGCAAAAUUGACUGUACAGUUCUUCUUCGAUGGUCGGCAAAACACAGAGCCCGAGCUGUGGCAAAGCUCUUUGCGAAUGUACCGUCUGCUACUCUGCGAGCUCCUCCGGAACAUACGCCCAUUCCCGGAGGGGAUCCUAAACAAUGAAGCUCUCCUACGCAGCGGCAACAUCGAUGCCGUUAGAGAUGCGAUUACGGCAAUCCUAACCACGACUCGGACAACAAAACUGUCUGUCUACUUGUUUCUCGAUGCGAUUGACGAAUGCAAAGCUGACGGGGGAGAUGGGUCAUUGGACAUGCUCGAGCAUCUGCACAUUCUGAGUCAAAAGCUGAAUCAGACUCAGACAUCUUUGCAGGUUUGUCUAUCGGUCCGCAGUGGAUACAAGCUCGGCGCUGCCUUACCCAAAGGGAACAUCAUUAUUGUCGAUGAGCAUAACCAAGGAGACAUCAAGGAAUUCGUGCAGUCGAAGCUUGUCAAUGUCAACGAGAGUGGACUUCGUGUGAUGCUUGAGCGUAUCAUACUGGACAAGGCAUCUGGUAUCUUUCAAUGGGUCGAUCUCGUGGUAUGGAAGAUACUGUCGAAGGUUGAUUGCGAGACGAAUGAUGAGCUACUCAGGCACGCAGAGGAGCUCCCAGUGGACAUCCUUGAGCUAUAUGCCCAUCUCCUCAACUCAGACGAUCCUGAUCAUGCAGCUGAACGCCUGAGGCUUUUCCAACUCCUCCUUGUGGCACGGGAACCACUCGGAGUCUCCUUAUUGAGAGAUGCACUUUCUUCAGGCAACUAUACGUUUGUACAAGACUUGGAGAAGUUCUCUCAACGCCUAACGGUAAUCUCGAGUGGACUUGUCCAGACCGAACGUCAGCAAGCUAAAGCUCUUCUAUCGCUUGAGAAGUCGGACGGAGGAGACCCAGGAUAUGUUGUCAAUUUCAUUCACCAGACCGCCCGCGAGUUCCUUUUAUCAGACUCGGGACUACGUCGCAUUGGGAUGUAUGAUGAGUACGGUGUAGAAACUCGAUGCCACUACACCUGGUCGAGGCUGUGUGUGGACGUACUGGAGUCAGCAGAUCUGAGCGCCGAACCCAAAUCCUGCUUGCUACAGUAUACCUGUAGGUUUUGGAUGGACCACAUGCGCGACUCCGAUAUCAUUCCUGUCAACAAAGACAAGUACCCAGACUUAAUGAUUCGUUGCGGACGACUACGCACCAAACAACUGGUUCGACGUUUUCACGAAACGCUCCACCGAAGCUCGACGCAGAACCGGCUAUUACUUCGCGAAUAG